UAGCUAGCAGGCUCCAAAACACACAAACCAAAACUUCAAUUGCUACAAACACCAUCAAAUCUUCAAUUAUUGAGAGUUUGCAUAGAUUCAUCACCAUGAAGAAACAAGCAGUAGCAUCACUACUUACCCUUUCUUUCCUCCUCCUCUUAGCCUUUCCUUUAGCCUACUCACAGACUGUUUUUAUACCUGUGAAGGACAUUCAUGGCAACGACGUUGUCACCGGUAUCCCUUACCAAAUUCGGCAACUUACACCUGGAAACCCAACCCCACAUGGCGGCGGACUUAUACACGGCAAAACUGGGAACUCAACGUGCCCAGUUUCUGUCGCAUACACCACGGGUUUAAUGUUUGGUUCUCCGGUGAAGUUCAACAUACCGGAAUGGGCAAACACCCCCGGCAAAAUAGUCCCCCAAGGUGUCCCAUUGGAGAUUGAGUUCUCGGAUGAGAACCCACUAGAGUGUGCUUCAUCAUCCCAAUGGAUGGUUUAUGGUGACAAUAUUGAGACCCAAAAAGCGGUUGUGGGCAUUGGUGGUCCUUUGGACCACCCUGACCAAAAUACACUAUUUGGGUAUUUUAACAUCCGAGAGUCUCAAGUUGGAUACAAUUUUAUGUUCUGUUAUAUGUUCCAUAUGAUGAUUAGUAAUUAA